GGAAUGUAGUCGCCCACCGACGGUCGUGCACAUGAGCAGCGUUGCCGAGAGUGUCAUGGAAUGGGCUCACUUGCUGAAUGCGAUGGAGAGUGUGCGGGGCCGAGGGAUGGAAUGUGCUGCGCCGGAGCAUUAAGUCCACGAGGAAAAUGAUCUGAGGAGGUGGCGGGGGAAGUGAAGUGAAGUGAAGUCCUCGCGGGAAAGGAAGAAGGGCAGGCGCAAGUUGCCGAACGGACGGAGAGCCUGACCGUCCAGCGAUGGCUGUUCCUCCACCGAAGCCCUUGAAGCUCGCCACGAGCAUUCAAGCGAGUUUCGGUGAUCCGGAGGAUCCCGAUUAUGUGUUUGAAAUUGUUUCGAAUGGCGACAAGUCGACCAUGGCGGUUUCUUUGUCCACGAACGCCAUCAAACUGUACUCACCACAGACGGGAGCUUUUCUGGGAGAUUGUUUAGGACACACAUGUACUAUAAGUGGAAUCUCGUUUCCGGAUCCAAAUUCACCAAUGUUGCUCCUGUCUUCAUCUGCGGAUGGGACUAUCAGGACCUGGGACAUUCGGAACCGCAAAGAGGUUGCAUCCUUAAAUCAUCCCACUCCGGGUAGCGAAAUAUGGAACUUUGCUGUGGGUGGCAUUUCAAACCAAGUAGCGGGAGGUGGAGACAGUCAGGUUUUUAUAUGGGACUGGAGAACUAGGAAGUUAUUGGCAAAUCUUGACGAGAUACAUACUGAAGCGGUUACCCAGGUACAAUAUCAUCCUACCAGGAGAGAACUGCUGUUUACAGCCUCUGUAGACGGCUUGAUAAAUUUUAUCGACACCCAACAACCACUUACCAACGAGGACCUCGUUUAUGACACUAUGUCAGUAGGAACAUCUGUAGGAAAGAUUGGAUUUUACGGGAGAAAUAACCAGCUGCUAUGGUGUCAGACUCACAUUGAAACCCUCAGUGUUUGGGAUCUGGAAGAAAAAAUGCAAGCUGCGGAUUUUAAGGAGACACGAAUGAACGCCUCAUUUAAUUGGAACCUGGAUAGUGUGAACUACCUUAUCGAUUGCUAUUCUCCAGCCGGGACCGAUGACCUAUGGCUUGCGGCUGGCAACAACAAUGGUGUCGUAGGCUAUUUCCCGGCGAGUUUUGUGAAGUCUAGUCAUCCAAGCGUUCCAAGCGUCGGAGUUUUGGGUGAAGUUGGGGCUGUCUUAGAAGGAGGUCAUCAGGGUGUGGUGCGCACCAUCUGGUUGUCUCAGAAUAUGGACUCAGAUCAGAAUUUGUUCGGAUGGACUGGCGGGGAGGACGGAAGGCUUUGCAGCUGGUCACAGAAUGGCGCCACAGAGCAUGGGCGCUCGUGGGUUUCAAAGAACCUGAUCGCCAAGAAAGGCAGCAGUUCAAAAAUGAGGCACAGCCCAUACUAGCGUGCUUGGAAAGAUGAUUUUGUUGAAUCCUGAAGUAUCAGACCUGGUCACGUCAUCACUUCAACCCCAAUAGGUUGCCACUCAUUUCUAGCGAAAUUAAGGUUGGCCACAGCAGAGGUCAUGAUCUUGACCCUUUGGCGAGCUACUGCAUAAAUUGUUCUGGAAAGGGGAACGAUAGGGACCAGCGUAGCCCAUUUUUUGCACUUGACGUGCCCACUGAAUCACCAGCUGUAAGGUUAGUUGAGAGUUUACUGUUCGUUGUACCAUACACUCCACGCUAAGGCAUGCUACUUGAACAGAAUGUCCUGCCUAUGUCCACAACCCUCGAAGAGCGACGAGUUGAACGCCAUUUCCGACUAGUACGUGUCAAUGACGCACGCCGCGCGAGUAUUUUGGUUGGCGACGGCUUCUCUUUCCCCUGGUUUUGUCGUAUGCAGUGGUUUUGAAUGUUCGUACUAGGCUUGACAGAAAGAAUCAAAAGUUGUGUGAAUAAACGACGCAGUACAAGUAUCGGAGAUACUUUUAAUUUUUCCUACUUUUCGCGUCCAUUCUUCAUGUUUGAGAUUUCGUGGAACACUGGAAUAGACGAGGUUUCAAGUCAGCAUAGAUGCGGAUUUUUGUGACUUCUCAUUCUUGGAAUUCAGACAACAGCAGAUUUUCACGC